CUGGUAGCCGCCGCACGAACCACAGAGUCCUACGUCACAUUGGUAUACACACGGAAUCGGAGCAGCUGCAGCCGAAAAAUCAAUACCUUAACAAACACCUACGUGUACGGUUGAAAUCGCGCAAUAUGUUGUUCUGUUCGCAAAAUGUGCACAUGAUGGUUGCGAUGCUUGUGGUCGCCUCAAGUGGCUACCAGGUGCAGUCCUAUGGCUCCAAGGAUAUUUUGGCCGAUGCCCUGCUGACGGAUCUGCUCAAUCGCAUGGACAACGACAUGCAGGUGGGCUACUACGACGUUGGCAACGAGGCAGCUGCUGGCUCCAAGGACAAUGUGGACCUUGUCUCCCGAUCGGAGUACGCGAGGCUGUGUGAUGGGGGAAGCGACUGCAUCUUGCAAUCGGGAUCGGGAGCAGCCUCCCAUCCUUCGUUGAGGGACCACGAGUUCCUGCAGCACAGCUCCCUGUGGGGUCACCAGUUCAUCUCCGGCGGAAUGGGAGAGGGUCCCAAUAGGUAUCCUACCAUAGUAAAAAACGACGCCGGUCUGCCUGCUUACUGCAACCCUCCUAAUCCUUGCCCCGAGGGCUAUGACAUGGAGACCCAAGGUGGCAGCUGCAUCGUGGACUUCGAAAACACGGCCAUCUUCAGUCGGGAGUUCCAGGCCGCACAGGACUGCACCUGCGAUAACGAGCAUAUGUUCGACUGCUCGGAACAGGAUAGUGCUGACAGCGGCUCCGAGAAGGGUGACCUGAACUCCGCCGUGGAGCAAUACAUCCUGCAGAUGGGCCAGGAGAACAGCCUGAACAACGUGAAUAGCCUGGUUAAGAAGGCCGGGUACCCAGUGAUGCCCGAUCCUCGUCUGGAUGACGCGGUUAUGAACCCGUUUCUCCAGGGCGAUCGCUUGCCCAUAGCCGCCAAGAAGGGCAACCUUCUAUUCCACUAAGCUGGCUCGAUUAUUCUUUGAGCAUACACGACCAUACCUACAUCGUUUUCCAUAUGGGUGUCUAAUACUAUUACCUAUCAUAGCUGGUUAUUAAUGUUGUCCCGCAAGCGAAGUCUAGUAAUGUUUCUACCCGUUUCCCGCAAAUAAAGUUAUUCGUAUAGUACCAGGGCUCU